AUGCCUACUGGGUCCAAAGCUCGAGAGGAGGCAGCCCAACGGCGAGAACAUCGACGCUCUGACUGGUUCGACGCGAACACCGGGUUCGUGGAUCAGAUCCUAGAAGCCAAAUUUGCGCAGAAUGCGGGCCUUGAAGAGUUCCUACUCGAUACGGGUAGCAGUGAGAUUCACGGAAGUAGCUCUUUCGACUCAUUCUGGGGCAUUGGUAUGGACCGCAUGGGUCCAAAUGGGCUUAGUAAGCUCUAA